AAGUUCCCGGGCAACUAGCAGCAUCCACCCGGCGGCAGGCGGGAGCCAGCGAGGCCCGGAAGGCAGCGGAGUGUGCCAGCCACUCGGGAGUCGAGCGAGCCCCUUCUUCUUCACCUCGCUUUGCCCUUCGGCUCCCGCCCGCCAGAGGUCCGACCGGUCUUUUAGCCCUCGCCAAAGCCUAGGGAGGGGGUCGGGAGCAGCCGCGCCCCCCUCCCCGCGGCAGACGCGCCCCCCCCCCCUCCACCCCUCGCUCUCCGCGUUCAGCUCACUUGCCGCGUGCGCCCGGGCCCGUGCGCCCCCGGCAGCGCCAGCCAUGUCGAUGCUGCCGUCGUUUGGCUUCACGCAGGAGCAAGUGGCGUGCGUGUGCGAGGUCCUGCAGCAGGGCGGGAACCUGGAGCGCCUGGGUAGGUUCCUGUGGUCGCUGCCCGCCUGUGACCACCUGCACAAGAACGAGAGCGUGCUCAAGGCCAAGGCCGUGGUGGCCUUCCACCGAGGCAACUUCCGCGAGCUCUACAAGAUCCUGGAGAGCCACCAGUUCUCGCCGCACAACCACCCCAAACUGCAGCAGCUCUGGCUGAAGGCGCACUAUGUGGAGGCCGAGAAGCUUCGCGGCCGGCCCCUGGGCGCCGUGGGCAAGUACCGGGUGCGCCGAAAAUUCCCGCUGCCGCGCACCAUCUGGGACGGCGAGGAGACCAGCUACUGCUUCAAGGAGAAGUCGCGGGGAGUGCUGCGGGAGUGGUACGCGCACAACCCCUACCCCUCGCCGCGGGAGAAGCGGGAGCUGGCCGAGGCCACCGGCCUCACCACCACCCAGGUCAGCAAUUGGUUUAAGAACCGGAGGCAAAGAGACCGGGCCGCCGAGGCCAAGGAAAGGGAGAACACUGAAAACAAUAACUCCUCCUCCAACAAGCAGAAUCAACUCUCUCCUCUGGAAGGGGGCAAGCCGCUCAUGUCCAGCUCCGAAGAGGAAUUCUCACCUCCCCAAAGUCCAGACCAGAACUCGGUCCUUCUGCUACAGAGCAAUAUGGGCCACGCCAGGAGCUCAAACUAUUCUCUCCCGGGCCUAACGGCCUCACAGCCCGGCCACGGCCUGCAGGCUCAUCAGCAUCAGCUCCAGGACUCUCUACUGGGCCCGCUCACCUCCAGUCUGGUGGACUUGGGUUCCUAAGUCGGGAGGUUUUACAGGGGCCUCCAAGGGAUGGCUAGAGCAGCAACCGACCGCAGCAACUAGGGACACUUGUACAUAGAAGCCAGGAACAAUUCUGAUGCUCGUUUCUGGGGGUUCUUUGCGCCUAAAGGAACGGUGGGGUUCCACAAAUGUCUUUUUAGAAAUUACAACCGACAGCGAUCUCAGUCGAGUACGGUCUCCCUCUCCUCUCUCCUCGGCUCUUAAUACUCUUGCAUUUCUCCUCCCCACAGAAAGGUCAGGAAACAAAGAACAGCACCCAGUCUUGAUUGGGGCGACCCAUUUCAGUGGCCUCUUCCUCCAGCUCUUCUUCUUCCUCCUCCUCCUCUUCCUCUUCGUCUUCUUUUAAUGAACAGAUAUUACAAACCAACUGGAUCUUAAUUAUUUUCUUUUAAUUUAUUAAUGGAGAAACGGUUUAGGGAAGAGGAAAAGGAAACGAAGAGAAAAGAGAGACGUAUCAAAAUAAUGAAAACAAGAAACCUCCAGUCUGAGAGGAGCUGGCUGCCUUCUUAAGAUGAUUAGGAAAAAAAAUAUAAUCAUAACUGGUUUUUUUUGAUGGGAAAAUUAAGUUUACAUUUUUCAUAUUUAGUGUUAAAUAAUUUUAUGUAGAUUAAAAUAAAAGAACAGUAUUAGUGGGGAAAACAAGUGCCUAAAUGUCUUAAUGCUCUCUAUGUGAGGUGGUUAGGAAUAGAAGUGAUGGUAGCUAUUUUUGUCAAAUUUAAUGGGGGUUUUGGUGAUUGUUUCCUUGGGUUUUUUUUUUUUAUUUUUAUGACAAACUUCACAAGUGUACCAAUAAGGGAGGGGAAAAGCCACUUUCCUAAAUGUCCUCACUUCUUCCCUCAGAACUUUCCUGUCUCCAGGCUGCCUCUGCCCAAAGGAUUCUGCCACUCCUACUUUCUACUUGCAAAGAGGGGUGCCAAUGAAUCCGGCAACCCGCUAUUUGUUACUAAAACAGCAUGUGUUUUUAGGCUUCUUUUCUAUUGUACCUAAACCAGUCUAAAUUAAAACUUCGUAGACCACCGGGAGUUUGAUUCUGUUUCUGAAAGGUGAGUUCUGUAUUGCUGUCAUUGGGCCUAUUUAAAGAACAAGUUUUCUUGCUUUCUUAGUAGCAGUUAUGAAUUGCAGGGUAUUUUUGAAGUCUAUCACCUGAAACCAAGAAUAGUGGCUAGGUUAAUGAUAUGAUGAAAAGAGAAGAAACUUAGCCUGGGGUAUUUAUUUAUUUUUUAUUAUUUAGAAAUGCAGUUUUGUUUACCACGGUUUCUCCUCCACAGCAUUCAUAUGUUAACUGGGCUCUUUCGUGUUGACAACUUAUGGAAAGACUGUGAAAGUAAAAGUAAUUUAUCUGCUUUUUUUUUUAAGAAAAAAAAAGGGAACUCGAACAAAGAUUUAAAAUUAUGAAUUGAUCUGUACAAAUGAAAAUGCAGGCCAUCGGGAGCUCUUUUGUCAGAUAGUGUCCAGAAAAAUCCCAGUAAUCAUGAAGGCUCAAUGUUCUUUUUGCCUGGGGCAAAAUAAUGUGUCUCCUGUAUUUAGCUUUUAAGACUAGUGAAACAAAUGGCAUUAUUUAUUAAAAUUCUACUCAGGAUAACAGGAUUGGCUUGCUCGUGCUUUGUAAAAUAUUGUUCCCCAGGGAGAGUUUAUUUAUUUUUCUGACAUGACAGUUUCAUAAUUUUGAUUUUUCCUCAUCUAUAAGUGUCAACAUUAAUAUAUUUCUUUCUUACCUUUCCCUUUUGUCCUUGAGCUGACUGAGUGAAAUGGUGUGCGUAGGAGCGCUCGUGAGCGCGUGCGUGUGUGAAAUUUAGGCCUGAUUAUGAGUUUUUUUUUUUUUAAACUGUCGGAUUGUUUUGCGUCCAAGAGAGAAAUGGCCACUGUGCUCUUAAAUAUAGUCACUUUUACUUAUAAAGUCAUUUUCCCUUGGUGACGGACAGAUGUGCGCACAGCCGCUCAGAGACCAUCAUUUGGCCUGGGAGCUCCGGGUCCCCAUCUCCCCUGUUAGUGUUUUGGAUCAUUAAGUCGGUGUUUAUUUAAGUCACUGGGGUGUUUAUUCUCCACGUCUUGGGCCACGGAGAAGCGCCACCCUCUGCAGGAGGGGCUCUCUCGGGGAAUCUCCACACAUUCUUCACAUUCACUCCCCAAAACAAACAGCCGGCACAAAGAUAGCUUUCAGUGACCCUGACAGGCUUCAAAGGAGGCCGCGGAAAUCUCUCUGGAAAAUAAGGAAGGGCCAAUUACUUUAAUUUCUUACAUGCCCCCGCUUCCUACCCGGACCGCCUCCCGC